AUGCCCGUGCGAUGGGACCUCCUCACAGUCUCCUCGAACGACUCAAAGCCAAGUGCUGGUAAGAAGCGAGACACCAAGCACACCAUCAAGAAGGAGGGCCAGGACCGCAAGUGCAAGACGAUGGGCUGCGAGAACACUGCUCCUGUGAAUGGCCAAUUCGGGUUUCUGUGUCGAGCAUGCUACAAGGCUAAGGCUGCAAAUCGGCAAUGCGCGACACCGUUUUGUUCGAACUCGGUUCCCGAGGGAGGUAUCACCGGCGACGUGUGCACGACUUGCGUCCAGGACGAUAAGUUGGGCGACAUGAACAUCCGCAAGUGCGUCGGAAAAGAUUGCAACAAGCCAACACCUCAGGGCGGCCCUGGCGGGAAUUACUGCAAGCAAUGCUACGGCAAGGUGCGUAGCGCCGAAUUGAAGGCGAGGUCUCGCGUCAAGGCUGAAGUGUCUGCUUCAGGGCGACCGAUCUGCGAAUUCCCAGACUGCGACAAUGCCGUCCCAGCGGACACAAAGGCAAGCCGCCGCUGCGUAGAGCACAAGGGCAGACGCAUGCCUGCUGCUAGCAGGAGCCAGAAGCCGAAAGUCGAAGACGAUCAGCCUCGUAGUACUGUUGGCGAGCUCGAAACAGGAGGCUCGGCGGUGAUAGUUGAGGCUGAGGAGAAAUCCACACUUAGCAACGACAUGUCGACAUUUCUGUACUGA